ACGCCGUGUUUUCACUAGACUGUACACCAGGAGAAUUUAUUUAUUAUAUUAUCUUUAUUACUCUUAUUUAUAACAUUCCCGUGGACUGAAGGGCUUUAUUGUAUUAUUUUCUUCUCUCAUGUGAAUUUUUCAAUCAAUAAAAACAACAACAAAAACAAAGACACCUGAAGGAGGAGAAGAAGAAAUGGAGAAACCAAACGGCUUCUCGUCGGAGCGAAACAUCCUGUGUCUGUUUGACGUGGACGGGACCCUGACACCACCGAGAGAGAAAAUCGACCCGCGGCUGGACGAGUUCUUCCAGACUCUGAGGCGGAAAGUGAAGAUCGGCAUCGUGGGAGGGUCGGACUACUCCAAGAUCGCGGAGCAGCUCGGGGACGGGGACGAUGUGAUACACAAGUUUGACUACGUGUUUGCUGAGAACGGGACGGUGCAGUACAAAGACGGGAAGCUUCUCUCCAAACACGCCAUUCAGAACCAGAUCGGAGAGGAGCUUCUGCAGGACCUCAUCAACUUCUGCCUCAGCUACAUGGGUCUGAUCAAGCUGCCCAAGAAAAGGGGGACGUUCAUUGAGUUCAGGAGCGGAAUGAUAAACAUUUCCCCCAUCGGUCGGAGCUGCACACCCGAGGAGAGAAUCGAAUUUUCAGAAAUCGACAAAAGAGAGAAGAUCAGGGAGAAGUUUGUGGCUGCCUUGAAAGAGGAGUUUGCAGGAAAAGGACUACGUUUCACUAGAGGUGGCCUCAUCAGCUUUGACAUUUUUCCAGAGGGCUGGGACAAGAGGCUGUGUUUAGAGCUGCUGGAGAGCGAGGGCCUGGACGCCAUCUACUUCUUUGGCAACGAGACGUCUGAUGGAGGAAACGACUAUGAAAUUUUCAACGACCCUCGGACCAUCGGUUUCACGGUCUACUCUCCAGAGGACACGGCCAGACUCUGUCGGGAACUUUUCUUUGAUGCUUCACCUCUCAAGUCCUGACAUCCUGACCUGCCCCCCCUCAUCCCCCAGACUGGACUCGAGUCUGUGGGCGUCUGUUGCUUUGAGCCCAGAGUAUUUAUGAACUGCUGAAAGGUACCACCACUGAUCUCCCUGCGUUAGUAAUAUUAUACUAAAUAGGUCAAAAGCAACGACUGGACGUUUGGAUUCACUUUUUUUUUUAAUUUAUUUGUUUGUUUGUUUGUUUUUUAAAAAAAGGGACAGAACAGAAAGGAACCAAAAGGCCGAGAGAGAUUAUAAAACAUUCUGCAGAGUGGAAAGUUAAACGCUCCAGAUUAUUGAGAGUUCAGAGAUGUUUUUGCACCGGUUACAUUUAACCAAUAGGAAACUUUAACUCCCCUGAGGAAGGUGGGAGGGAAUGAUAUUAGAAGAGGGGAUUGUGCUCAGAGAAGAGAUUCUUCCUCCAGAGACGAGGAUCCAGGAAUCAUUCCACGUCUGAACCGGACUGAGUGAAUGUCAGUCACGUCUUCUGGUUCUUUAAAUGCAUUCAAGGGAUUUUUUUUUUUUUUUUUUUUUUUAGACUUUCCUGGCUCGGUGAAUUCAACUAAACCAGCGAAUUAAGCUAACGUGACCAAGUCACUCUGUAAACUUUACUGAGUGUGACGAGUUUCUACCUAACACGUUUGACUCUGUUUGAAUAUAUGUGUCGAUCCUUAUGGCUUGAGCUCGUUAAGCAACAUUAUUUUAUUUUCUUUUAAAAAAGGGUUUUCAAAUGAGCUUUUAAAAAUGUGAAAAUUACCAUUAAGUCUAUGUCUGUCACAGAUCAGAAGAAGAUUAUUGUAAAUGUGAUGAUUCUGGUCAAAUUUGUUUUUGAUUGUAAGACACUCCUUCAACCUGACAACUUAUAUGCAUGGUUAAAAAUUACAUAUCGUAAUUUGUUGAUUAACAAAAAAUGAAAAAUAAAUCAUCAUAGUAAAUGUUUUUUUUUUCACCAUUUCACCACCAACCUCUGCUGCCUCUUAUUUGGAUAAAACUGAGCUUUUAUGUGCAGUUCAGCCUCUGACCUGCUGUUCCCCAUCCUGCCACUAGAGGGCAGCAAACACUCACUAUGUCAACCUGUCACGUUGUCACUUUAAAACGCUCCGUUUCUUGCCAUGUGUUUGUGUUAAUCACGUCUUUAAAUAAAUCUUUAAACCUG